AUGGAUGACGAAACGGUUGACGACGAGUACAUUUGCAAAUCGGUCCACGGCACUGCCCGCGUGGCUUGUUUCCAAAACAGAAACGAGACGGAUACGCGGGGGGAUGAGAGGGAGGAGGGCACUGUCUGCCUGUUCCAUCAGAUGCGAAGCGAAAUCGGUGGCGGCAUGGCCAAGGUCGAGGGUCUUGAGAGACCUGUGCGUCUGGUGGGCCACGACUGCCCGCGAGUCGACCAUUUCAUUCUAUUAUUCUUCCCAGGCACCUUUGCCAUUGCUCACCUUACUCGCGCCCAAUGUCUGGAUGAAGUCUGGGACCGAUGCCAGACGCCCGUCCUCGUGCGUUCGGGCACUGUCAGCAAGAGGAGCGCCGAGGCUGCGGAUGAGCGACUCAGGCUUGCGUGA